CUUUUUCCCACACAUGUCGGACCAAAACAAAACGUAAACAACGUGCAACGUGCUUCCAACUGCGUGCUUUUCGGAACAACUUUUGCUUUCCAAGUGCGUUUUUGUUAUCAAACUGAAGCCAACCCUACCCAAAAGAAACAAUGAAGCGACUAUCUGAACUGCAAACAAAAGUUUUGUUUGAAAAACUAUCAAAAUACAUUGGCACGAAUGUAAAGCUGUUAAUUGAUCGUACCGAUGGUACGUACUGCUUUCGCGAGCUAAAAUCCCGCGUGUACUACAUGUCGGAGAAAAUUCUGAAACUGGCAGAAACGGUACCGAGGGAAAAUUUGGUAUCGUUAGGCACGUGCUUCGGCAAGUUUACCAAGGGCAACAAGUUUAUACUGCACAUUACGGCGCUCGCAUACCUGGCCCCCUACGCGCAGUACAAAAUCUGGCUAAAACCGGCGGCCGAGCAGCAGUUCCUGUACGGCAACAACGUAUCGAAAUCGGGCAUGGGCCGGAUCACCGAAAACACUCCCAUCUACCAGGGCGUGAUAGUGAUGUCGAUGAGUGACGUUCCGCUCGGGUUUGGUGUGGCGGCAAAAUCCACCAACGACUGUAAAAUGGCCGAUCCUUUAGUAACGGUUUGCUUUCAUCAAGCGGACAUCGGUGAAUACAUUCGAUCGGAGGAGAACCUAAUCUAAGAAGCUACCAAUAAAAUCGAAAACACGAAACGCCGUU